AUGCGGCAACGUUGGCAGCGCCGCAACGACCCCCCUCCUGCGGCCUCGUCCGACAUGGCCGAAGGAGGGAAGAAGAGGCUUGCAACCGUCGCGGUGAUCGGUGGAGGCGUGGCCGGCCUGGCCUGCGCACGGCGCCUAGGAGCUCUGGGUUUGAAGGCGACGGUCUUCGACACCGGGAAGCGAGGGCCCGGCGGCCGCGCCUCCUCUCGCACCUGGCGCGGCCAGCUCUGUGACCAUGCGAGUCAGUUCGUGACAGCCACGGACAAAGACUUCGCGGAGCUGCUCGCGUCGUCAGGCGCUGUGCGGCCCUUUGGGAAGGAUGGGCGUUUUGGGACGCUCAGCAAAGCGAACUUCGAGCCGCUACAAGACGGCGUCGAGCGCUGGAUCGGUCUCGAGGGUAUGGGUGGCAUCGUGCGGAUGCUCGCCGAGGGCCUGGACAUUCAGCAGGAUGUUUGGGUGCCGCCGUCCAACGGCCUGCAGUGCUCUCGCAGCGACGGGCGCUGGGGAAUCACAGUGCCUGGGCCCGGGCCACAGGGCAGAGAGGUGAAGUGGUUCGAUGCGGCGGUCAUCGCCCACAACGGCAAGUGCGCCGAGAGGCUGACGUCUUCGACCCCGGCCCAGGAGGUCCAUGCGCUUCUGCGGACCAACUUCGCCUGCUCUCUGCCACGCAAUCCGAGACCUGGUAGCGGGAGAUUCACACUGAACCAGAUCUACUCUUUGCUCUUGGAGGUUCCCAGUGGGCUCAUGCCGGCCAGCUUCGACGCGGCUUUCGUGGAGGACGAGCCCAUCCUGCGCUGGCUGUCGUCGAACACUGCAAAGCUCCGCCAGGGCGGUGACGGCGAGGUCUGGACCGCUCUGAGCUCUGCCCCGUUUGGAAAGCAGCACAAGGCCCCCCAGGAGUUCCUGGAAGGGACCCCCAAGGAGACCGAGGUGGUGGAGCUCAUGCUGAGCGCCGUCGAGCGUGCCGCGGGGCUCGCUAGGGGGAGCCUGCUCGGCAAGGUCCGUGCCACGAAGCUCCAACUCUGGGGUGCAGCUCUGCCCAUCACACGCUGGGCAAGCCGGGAUGCGGUGGAUUUCGCGUGGUCGGCGGGCCAUCGCAUCGGCAUCGCAGGCGACUGGCUCAGUGCCACGCCGGCUCGGGCCUCUACCAUUGAGGCCGCAUGGCUCUCGGGAGUUCGGCUGGCCGAGCACGUCGCUCGUGCAGCCGAGGAGGACGCCGGCAUCCAGCUUGGCCAAGACGGAGGUGUCUUCAUACCCGUCGACGCAGACUUCGGCACAGCAGCCGGCGAGGCUGUUUGGGUGACCGAGCCCGCAGACGAGCCGAAGGGCAAAGGAAAAGGUCGUGGUUCUGGCAAGGGUUGGAAAGGCAAAGCUGCGAAGUCAAGCCGAUAA